AUGGCGAACAGAUGGAUGAAGACACUACAAUGUAAGUCAAGGGCAGCAGAUGACGUCCACCAACACCACCACAAGGAUUAUGACCACCACUUAAACCCUAAAAACCACCAAUAUCACCACCUUGUGUUAUUAAACUCCGCCAACUGCAGAAACAGCGUUCAAAAUCUCAGAGAUAUAGUUGAAAAUGAAAUCAACAGACACAAAAAACCAAAGCAGCCAAAACAACCACAAACGCCGCCGUCGAAAGGACCCGUUGCGAGAACAUACGACUUUGGUACAAAACAGUUCAUCAACAAAACACGCCACAGUAUCAUCUCCAACUCCGGCUCGCUGUUACGUGCCACGGAUUCAUACUUUCCAGCAAUCACUGAGCUCCAGGAAGGCCACCCUUCACGUAAUGUGGUGGAGAUAAUCUUUCGUACAAGCUGGGGACCCAAGAAUUUUCCGGGUCGGAUUGAAAUGGUGUUCAAGGUCCAGAAUUUGGCCCGGACUGUGACGCGGUUUGAAGAAUACAGGGAGGUAGUGAAAUCUAGGGCGAGGUCUCGUAGUUCCGCCUCCGUAAACUGCAGCACAGGACACCACGCACGGUGCGUGGCCGACGGGAAUGAGGUGAUGAGGUUCCACUGCCUCGGAGGCACGACAAGAGAAGCUUAUGACGGCGGAACCGUCGGCGCGUGUGCAUUUCAUGGAGAGAAAAAGAGUGCUAUAUGUACAUUUCCCGAGACUGGUGGUGCUCACGAAAGUGCAGGUGGUGGGAAAGGGCGGAAGGCCAUGUUGGUUUGCCGCGUUAUAGCGGGUCGGGUAUACAAGCAAUUGAAGUUUGACUCGUUGCUUGAAGGCGAGGUUGAGUAUGACUCGGUGAGUGGAGAGAAUGGCGAGUUCACAGUAUUUGAUUCUCGUGCAUUAUUGCCAUGUUUCCUUGUCAUCUACAAAUUGUAA